UGACCUUUGAUGUCAGAGUCAGCCUGUGCCAAAACAACACCGUGUCAGUUUUACUGACUGCGUCUGUUAUUAAACGAGCGGUCCAGCAGAGUCCGUCAGAGCGUCGGUGCAGGUGACCGAGAGGAUGCAGGCAGAGUGACGGACACUCACAGCUCACCUGACUGCCGUCACGCGGGCAUAAAAGACUGCAGACACGUUGGGCUCAGAAAAGCCUUUGUGGCCCUCACGGUUCCUUCACCAGCGACCACGUGCUUGGCUACUCACAUUUUUUUGGAUAAGAACGUCAUCGAACUGGAGAGUAUGCUGUUUUGGCACAGCCAUCCUGAAACCUACCAACAGCACGCGCAAAAUAAUUAUAUAAGAGAUGCUCUUGCUCCGUUUCUCAAGCAUGAAGAGGAGCAGCAGUCCACUGAGAUCGGAGAGUCUCCUUUUCAUCAUGUGCUUUGUGCAGCCACAUCUCCAGCUGUGAAACUCCAGGACGAAACACUCACAUAUCUAAAUCAAGGUCAGUCCUAUGAAAUCCGUAUGCUUAACAGGAAACUAGUGGAGUAUACAGAUAUAAGCAGUAAAUGUAUAAAGAGUAUUGUGCGUGUAGUUUUCCAUGACCGGCGGCUGCAGUACACAGAGCAUCAGCAGCUGGAGGGAUGGAGGUGGAACCGACCAGGAGACAGAAUCUUGGAUAUAGAUAUCCCCUUGUCGGUGGGCAUAAUGGAGCCUCGAGCCCACCCACUGCAGCUCAACACCAUAGAGUUUCUCUGGGAUCCUGACAAAAAUGCCUCCGUGUUCAUUCAGGUAAACUGCAUUAGCACUGAGUUCACUCCUAGAAAACACGGUGGAGAGAAGGGUGUCCCCUUCCGCAUUCAGAUAGACACCUUCUCAGCCGGCGAGCACGGAGAAUACACUGAACACAUGCUCUCUGCCAGCUGCCAGGUCAAAGUCUUCAAGCCGAAAGGCGCAGAUCGCAAACUCAAGACUGACAGAGAGAAGAUUGAGAAAAAGAGUCCACAGGAUAGAGAAAAAUAUCAACCAUCCUAUAAAACGACAGUGCUGACUGAGUGCUCCCCUUGGCCUGAAGCCCCAUCAGUCAGCAGAACAAGCAACACUCCAUCUCCUGGCUAUCACAUUGCUCACACUUCUUACAGCUUCCCAGAGGAAAACUGCUCUCCAGACCAGCAGGGGGAGCUACAUUUGCCCAGCUGUUCUGAUCACCUGUUGCCAUCGUCCUCCAUGCAGGACACGCAGCACUGGCUCCAUGGUAAUAGGUUCUCCUCUUUCUGCAGGCUCUUCUCUGGCUUCUCAGGUUCUGAUCUGCUAAAAAUGAGUAGAGAAGAUUUCAUUCAGAUCUGUGGUCCUGCUGACGGCAUCCGUCUUUUCAAUGCAAUCAAGGGAAGGUGUAUACAACCUCGUCUCACUGUCUAUGUAUCCCAGCUACAGAACAGGAACCAACUGCACACCAAAGCAGCGGGUGAGGAUGUGUACCAUGCUCUCUACCUAGAGGACCUAACUGUCCUUGAGCUCACUGAGAAGAUAGCCAAUCUAUAUAAUGCUCCCUCACAGCAAAUCCGUCACGUAUACAGACAGGGGCCGACAGGGAUCCACGUCUUGGUUUCAGAUGAGAUGGUGCAGAACUUUACAGAGGAGUCUAGCUUCAUUAUCAGCACUAUGAAAGAUGAAUGUAAUGAUGGCUACCAUGUUGUACUGAAGUGACCUGAGACUACUGGAGUAUCGCAGGUGCCUUUGGCUGAUUUUCACAAUACUGGACUGUUUCUAAGUUAAAUAUCACCUGGUGGAAUGUGAGCUGAAUGAAUGUGGAUCAUUUUUGUAUGAUGUAGAUGACCGUUAUGUAUUUUAAAGAGAGAGUGUUGUGAAAGGUUUUCUGGAAACUAAUU